CCCCUCGCCCCCCUGCGCGCGCACCCCUCGCCAGGGGCUCCAGUGCGCGCGCGCCACGGCGCCGGUGUUCUGAGGCCUGGGCCGGUGGGGCCGCGGAGCUCCGGACACUCCUGCGGCUCGGGCUGGGCAGGGAAGGGGCAGCCGGACUGGCCUUGGCCUCGCGCCCUCCCCGCUCGCGCCCCCGGCUCGGCGGGCGAAACCCGAGCGCGCGUCCAGCGCGGGGCCGCGUGACGCGCACCUGUCGGGCAGGCCGCGCCCGCGGAAGAGGAUGCGCGGGGCCCGCGCCUGGCCCGCGCCCGGCCCGCAGCGCCGCGCCGCCCGCAGCGUUUCCCGGAGAAGCGGCCGGCUCUGACGGGCGAGAUGAAGAAGGUGGGAGGUGAGCGUUGGAGCCAGUCUGCCUGUAUUCAGAUCCCGUCUCCUCUAAGCCGCCCGCCUCUCGGCACCCAGGCUUUUGGAAGAUGCUCACAGUGGCAGUUUGCAUGGCCCUUCUGGGCUGCCUGCAGGCCCAGGAGCACCAGGGACAUGUCUCCAUAAUCCUGCUGGGAGCAACUGGGGACCUGGCCAAAAAAUACUUAUGGCAGGGACUAUUCCAGCUCUACCUGGAUGAGGCAGGGAAGGGCCACAGUUUUAGCUUCCAUGGGAGUGCUCUGACGACCACCGAGAAGGGCCAAGAGUUCAUGGCCAAGGUCCUGGAGUCCCUGUCCUGCCCCAAGGACGUAGCACCCCCUCGCUGUGCUGAGCUCAAGGAUCAGUUCCAGCAGCUGAGCCAGUACCGCCACCUAAAGACGAGUGAGGACUAUCUGGCUCUGAACAAGGACAUUGAGGCACGGGUCCAACGCGAAGGCCUCUGGGAGGCUGGCAGGAUCUUCUAUUUCUCGGUGCCGCCCUUCGCCUAUGCAGACAUUGCCCGUAACAUCAACAGCAGCUGCCGUCCAGGCCCAGGCGCCUGGCUGCGGGUUGUCCUUGAGAAACCCUUUGGCCAUGACCUCCUCUCAGCCCAGCAGCUGGCCACAGAACUUGGGAGCUUUUUCCAAGAAGAGGAGAUGUACCGGGUGGACCAUUACCUGGGCAAGCAGGCCGUGGCUCAGAUCCUGCCUUUCCGAGACCAGAACCGCAAGUUCUUGGAUGGCCUGUGGAACCGGCACCACGUGGAGCGGGUGGAGAUCAUCAUGAAGGAGACGGUGGAUGCAGAAGGUCGCACUAGCUUCUAUGAGAAGUAUGGCGUCAUUCGCGACGUCCUCCAGAACCACCUGACGGAGAUCCUCACCCUCGUGGCCAUGGAGCUGCCCCACAACGUCAGCAGCUGGGAAGCUGUGCUGCUGCGCAAGCUUCAGGCCUUCCAAGCCCUGCGGGGCCUGCAGAAGGGCAGCGCUGUCUUGGGCCAGUACCAGGCUUACAGCAAGCAGGUGCGCAGAGAGCUGCAGAAGCCAGACAGCUUCCACAGCCUGACGCCAACCUUCGCAGGCAUCCUCGCUCACAUGGACAACCUUCGCUGGGAGGGCGUCCCUUUCAUCCUGAUGUCCGGCAAAGCCUUGGAUGAGAGAGUGGGCUACGUUCGGAUCUUGUUCAAGAACCGGGCGUAUUGUGCCCAGAGUGAGAAGCACUGGGUCACAGACCAGAGCCAGUGCCUGCCUCGCCAGAUCGUCUUCUACAUCGGACACGGCGAGCUGGGCAGCCCUGCCGUGCUGGUCAGCCGGAACCUGUUCAGGCCCUCCCUACCCUCCAAGAGCUGGAAGGAAGUGGAGGGCCAGCCCGGGCUCCGCCUUUUUGGCCGCCCUCUGUCCGAUUACUAUGUCUACAGCCCCGUGAGGGAGCAGGACGCCUACUCCAUCCUCAUAUCUCAUAUCUUCCACCGCCGAAAGGGUUCUUUCAUCACCACAGAGAACUUGCUGGCCUCCUGGGUCUUCUGGACUCCCUUGCUGGACAGCCUGGUCCACGAGGUCCCACGCAUCUACCCAGGAGGAGCUGAGAAUGGACACCUGUUGGAUUUUGAGUUCAGUGGCAACCAAUUAUCUUUUUCCCAGCAGCAGCUGGAGCAGCUGGUGCCAGGGCCAGGUUCUGUGCCAAAGCCCAGUGACUUCCAGGUUCUCAGGGCCAAGUACCGAGAGAGCCCGCUCAUCUCAGCCUGGCCCGAGGAGCUGAUCGCUAAGCUGGCCAAUGACAUUGAGGCCACAGCCGUGCAGGCAGUGCGGCGCUUUGGCAAGUUCCACCUGGCUCUCUCAGGUGGCUCAAGCCCCAUAGACCUGUUCCAGCAGCUGGCCAUGGGGCACUAUGGCUUCCCCUGGGCCCACACGCACCUGUGGCUGGUAGACGAGCGCUGCGUCCCGCUCUGGGAUCCUGAGUCAAACUUCCAGGGUCUGCAGGCUCACCUGCUGCAGCAUGUCAGGGUCCCCUACUACAACAUCCACCCCAUGCCCGUGCAUCUGCACCAGCGGCUCUGUGCUGAGGAGGACCAGGGUGCCCAGACCUAUGCCGAGGAGAUUUCAGCCCUGGUGACCAACAGCAGCUUCGACCUGGUGCUGCUGGGCAUGGGUCCCGACGGGCACACGGCCUCCCUCUUCCCACAGUCGCCCACUGGCCUGGACGGCGAGCAGCUGGUCGUGCUGACCAAGAGCCCCUUCAGGCCGUACGAUCGCAUGAGCCUCAGUCUGCCCCUCAUCAACCGUGCCAGGAAGGUGGCGGUCCUGGUCAUGGGCAGGAUGAAGCGGGAGAUCACCACACUAGUGAGCCGUGUGGGCUAUGAGCCCAAGAAGUGGCCCAUCUCAGGUGUCCUGCCUGCUUCUGGCCAGCUGGUGUGGUACAUGGACUACGAGGCAUUUCUGGGAUGACGGCACUUUCGCCCUUUUCUCACCUGGGCCGCCUCUCACCUGCCCUCCCCCUACCCUCCUAGUCCUGCCCCCUGCUCCAAAGCCCUGGCUCUCUGGAAUCUGCUGCCUCAGGCUCAGGCUCGCAGAGAGGGAAGACAAGGCCUCAUCCCAACCCCUGUGACAGUCCCUGUCUAGGUGUCGGGAGUAGACACAGAACAAGGGAGAAUUGGCAUCUCUGCUCUUGAGAAGCUUCAAAUUCAAGUCAGGAGAGACAUAUCCACCUUCAGAAAAGGCUUGCAGCAGUUACACACUGACAUCACCUGGCACAGAGUCGGACGGCAUGAGGCUUCCAACUUCAGAAGGAAGGCAGUGGGCUGCCAUCACUCGGGAGGUUUCCUUGAGGUGGAGACCCUUGAACUGGCUCCUAAGGAGAAGAGCAUGGACGGUAGAGAGAAGGGCACACGCAGGGCCCUGUGCAGAGCAGGGUGCCGGAGCCAUCCGGAGCCUCGAGCUGGUCGAGCCCCUCCUUCCUCUGUCUGUCCCCUUCCCGAGCACCUGACGUUCAGCCUGCUGUCCUGUCCUCCACGUGGCUGCCUCCACCUGCUCCGUGUCUCCAGGCUCCUUUCUGCUCAGUCCCAACGGUGGGGGAGGUCUUCCCCUCCUGUCUCUGUUUCUUCGCUGUCCUUCAACCUGUCCAUUUAUAGGCGGAUGAAGGGUGAUGACAGUAACGCAGCAACAAAUACUAGGCUGUUAAGACAGUUCAGGGAUCUUGCGACUGUUGGGAGCUCGCUUUCUCCGGAGCUGAACUUCUCUGCAGCGAGGAGGCAUUAUUCCCCGGCUUCCUCAGAGCGGACCCCUGACCCUGCCCACGCUCCUUUCUCUAGCCGAUUCCCUCUGUGAAACACGCUGGGCGUCGAUGACCAGGCCAUUCCAGGGAUCACUCAGAAGAGGGUCCUUUACGUCUCAGGGGACUUUCCAGUGGACGUUUCCACUCUCAGUAUCCCCUCUUGUUUUACCAGCAAAGAUCCAGUUAUGUCUUUCUCUGAUGGUGACAACUCAUUCGAGGAGAGAGAUGCCAUGUCAUCCAGACCCUCCAGGUGCUCAGAUCUGACCAGACGGGAGCCGGGCCUCCUUGGCGGGCCAGCUGCAGCUCAUAGGCAGCAGUGGCUGCCCACGACCCUCUCAGGGACUUGGCUGAUUGGCAGUGCCAAGUGGGGACAGACCACAGCCCGCCCUUCUCACACUACCUUGCACCACAUCGAGCCUACCGCCUCCCACUUCACCACGGGCACUGCUGACGCCGUGGGGAAAACAAGGGCGCAGCUUCUCUUUCAGAAUAGAUUGGGUGCUCUGCUGAGAAGUUGUGGGCCACUUAUACCUGUUUUUCUGAAACCCUCAAAGGAGGUCUCUGAAAUUCUUGAAAAAUAAAAUCCAAGUUCUCAAGACACAUUUAAUUUCUAUUUCAACUUCCCCCAUAGUCGUGCCCCCAAGAUGUGACUAUAAAGGCGUGACGGGUUUUUCCUUGUGACUGCUCCCCGUGUCUUACAGUCACACUGUGUGUCAGGCGGAUGCAGAGGGCCCCCGUCACGCAGACGACUCUCCUUGGUGAGAGGAGCAUCACGGAAUCAAUUUCUCUACCUUUGAUUGUUCACACCUUCAACCCUUGAAGAAGGGGCUCUCCAUAUGAAGGCACUCCUGUUAAAAUUCUGCUUCUGGCCUCCAACAACCCGGCCCAGACAGGAGCUCUCUCUUUGGACCAAGAGAGCUAACCUUGGCAGAGCUGACCGCAGUGCCAGGGCUAGGCGGUCUCCUCCCUAUUGAGGGGUCAGCGUUUCCCUUUUUUGCAUCUGGUGGCCGGUGCUCGCCAAUGGACACAGGUGGUUGCAGUCUGGGGGCCACGUGUGGCCACAUGGGGGCGCUCUUGCACCAUCCCUGUGGUCUCCACAUCUGACUGCGGAGGACUCCCCUCUGUGGCAGGCUCCUGUGUUGGAUUUCUUGCAUUUCCGUGUUCUGCCUCUCUAGGCCUUGGCCCCCAGCACCCCCCCAUCUGUUGUUUAGGAACUCUUCCAGAGAGAAAGGGGCCCCUUCCACCCCGUGCCCAAGUAUCACUCUAGGAUAAAGGGCAAGCAGGCCAUGAUGUCACGGUUUCUGAAUAAUUGUGAGUCACUGUGGGCCUGAGCUGGAUGUCUUGUUCUCAGAGGGGUGCCUGGCCUCAGAAUGUGCCCUUCUUGUGUGGAGAGUGUGUGUGGGGGUAGGGGUGGGGGCAAAAAGUGCCAAAGAUGAAGUUUCCAGAAUCUCGUGCUGCCUUAAAAUCACCUGGGGAAGUCCACUGGGAGACAUCGUCGAUCUUCCUCUGCUUCCCUCCCAUGUCCUCUGCUGCGGAGGAGAGAGUCUCAGAACCGGGCCACCUCGGCUAGCAGUUUCUAAACUUUUAAAAUCAUGAUCCACAGCAGGAAACACUUUAUAUCAUGAGUCAGUGCUCUCGUUUGUGCUUAAAUCUGUCUCAAGCAAAAGUUUUGUAAAAGAAUUCUUACCCUUAAAAUGUGAGAUACCCUCUGUUUUCUAUUUUUCACGUUUUUAAAAAAUGUUGUUUGUAGUCUGCUAAAUUGAGUUGAUACAUAGUUUGAAGAAUGCUGCUGUACUCCGACUUUGCCUUGUUAUGUAAUCUGAGGACCCCGAGGCUUGGAGGGGAGCCCAUGUGCCCAGCUCACACAGGGGACGCUCGUGACCACAUUGGGACGGGAACCCGGGCUUUCCAUUCCUGCAGCUUCACCCCCCGGGCUCAUCCAGCACAGGAGGGCCGCGCUGGUCCCAGCGUGGAUGCUGCUUCUCCAUGAUGGGGCAGUCGGCUUCCUUCGUGAUGAGGGAGGGGGAGCAGUGGGCGAGGAAGAGACUAAUCAGAAGCCUGGAGCUUGCAGGGGUGACUGUGGCGUGUCCUUCCCGGAGGGGUUGAUAAGCAUCAGGUUGAUACUAAACGUUUUGUAAACUUGGUCUUGUCUCAUCCUUUCAACAACCCUUUGAGGUAGACAGAGGGAUCCUCAUUUACUGAUGAUUUUGAAACUGAAACCCAAGUUGUUUAAUGGUAGCAGGCCAGUUGUUCUAAGCCAGGCUUAGAACCCAGCUCUUUGGGAUUCUAGACGCAUGUUCCCAGCCACCCUGCACGCCCCCUUCUUCCAGGGAGCCCCGGGGUGCCGGAGCCACGGCAGUUAUCUGGAGGCCAGCCUCCCCCAGUGGGGAGAGGACUCCAGUCAGAAGCGUCUGAGCACUGGUAAAAGGCAGAAGGGCCCUCCUCCAGGAGGCCUCGUCCCGUCAGCAUCUCUAGAGUGAGCGUUGUUACCAUUUGUUGUAGGGAAAGAAUGGAGGGACUUUCCAGGUUGUUGUAAGCUAGAUUCUGAUUUUGAUUUAGGAGCAGCCUUUUCUGCUAACCACAAGUUAGAGGAGUCUCGUCUCGUUGAUCUUCCCUCCUCCUUGUUUCUGUGCACACAGUGCUUUAUUCCCACUCACGGGCCUCCACGCUAGCAGCAUCAUCACAGCUCUGCCAGUAGGCUAGUAUUUCACAAUAUCCCUUCCAGAAUGGACAGGCUUGGUCUCCCUGGUCUGGGGGCUCCCUCCUUUUCCUGUUUGUACAGAGAGCCCAUGCUGAGAGCUGGGGACUAUGGCAGAGAAAGGAAGGAGAAGCUUCCACAAAAGAGGCGAUUUCCUAGAAUUUAGUUUUUAGGAAAAAAUUUUUUUUCUACAAAGAUAUAUGCAGUCUCACACAAGCAGCCUCUGCAUCAGCUUACCCAGCUUUAUUUUUAUCUUAAGCAGAUGGGGCCCUGCAGACCUUGGUCCACUUGUAGAGAAGCUGCCUGGCAGCAUGUCAGCGUCAGAGAAUGAACAAGUCACAGGAAAUGCCACUGGAGACUGGUGACAUGAGGGCGAGGUGGCCAUGGUGGCAGGCCAACACGAUCAGCACCCACCUGCCUGCCCUGCAAAAGACAGACUCCCGAGAGGCUGCUGCCUCCCAGCGUCACAGGCCGUGAGGCCCACGAGGCGCCAUUCUCCCCAGCUGUCUGCUUGCUGAACUGAGGAACGUGUGUCUACUGCAGUGUACCUGCUCCCCACAGCUCCCCCAUGGCCGCUCCGCUGGGCACUGCAGACCCUGCAGCUGCAGCCCGUGCUAAGGUGCUGCCUGCACUGUGCAGGGGACAUUUCCAUGAGGCAGAGGGUAGGUCCUCCAGCCUCAUCAGCAUUCAGCUGCUGAUAGAUCCGAGGGCAUCUGGACUGGUCACAGUAAGGACGGCUCUGGUGGUGCUGCCCUGCCCUCGGGGCCCCUGAGCACUUUAGUGGCAGUAAUUGGAGGAUCGUGGUUGGAAGUGUGGGUUUAUUCCUUUAAUAGCCCUGCCUACCGAUCGGCAAGUGUCUCCGCAGGUGUCAGCCUGUGUGGUCCAAUGUCCAUCUUGCGUUGCUCGCUUGGAGGGUUUGAGUUGGGCGCUGCCAUGUUCUUUGCUUCCCUUGCUGCAUGCCGCGCAGUCUCCAUGAAAUGAAAAGCCCUUCCUGCCCCUUCUGCUCUAGAGCAGAACGCUAUCUCCCUUUAGAUCUGCCUUCCCUACACAGCGUGAAGGGAGCAGGAACCCAAAUCAGCAUGUGUUCUUGGAAGACGUGCGAUCACAGAUGUCUUCCAGGAGCAUCCACAGACCCUCCUCCAGGGGCGUGCGCUUCAGGCAUUCUCCAGUCAGCAGCUCAAGGUGGGGGCAUGAGUGAGAGACUCUGAGGAUUCCUCAGCUCCUUGCUGAGCAAGGUGCAAACUUACUAAUGUUGUCAUCAGCCCAAGACAGAAACGGCAAGAGAUUCAAGGAGGCAUUUCUAAGAUUAUAGCAAGCUGGGGGACAAUGAUCUCUUUGAUGAAGCUUCCUCUCCAGCCAAUUUUGGGAGUGCAUUUGUUUGCAAAGCAGGUCCCUGGGGAUGUGUAUGUCUGUGUGUGAGCCAUAGACGGGAAAGGGUGGAGAUCUAAAUUAGUUAUGCUUCUGCUUAUUUGAUUCCCAAGGAUGGCCUUUGUUAAGACUUGCAUCUCUUCUCUGCAUCUUUUCUGUCCAUCUGGCAUGCGGAGGGAUAAACACAUUUUCAUUUGCUGAAAGCUGUAUGGAAUAUAUUUGAAUGGCUAGUAGUUAGCUUUGAUAGUGGAAAUAAACAGAACUACAUGAAUUUGUCAGUUUUAGUCCUUAGCGGUACCCCCACAGAAGUCUAGAGGGGUCAGGUAUGAAACAUGAGGUCCAUAGCUCUAAGAGGAAGGGACCCUGGACUAGCCGGUAAUCAAGGGCCCAGCUUGCAUCCACUUCUCUGAGAUGUGACCUGCACAGUCUGUUCCUCCCAGUCCCGUCAUUUGGAAGAACCAGUGAGAACAGACACAGCAGGGCCUCUGCUGGGUCCACGAGCUGUUACUGCCCGUGCCUGAGUGAAGGGCCUUGUUUCCAGCCAGGAAGGCCAAGUUGGUACAGUGCUUAGGGGCUGUGGCCAGCAAGAGACUAGAUGGGGAGUGUGGGGACAGCCCUGAAGUGAGAAUGUGCUGCAGUCUGGAUAGUGUCCCUGCAUUCUCUGUCCCCUGCUGGGAACUCAGGACUGGGCUUCUGUCAAGCGAGGAGAGGAGAGAUGGGGAAACUCCUUUCUCAGAGGGACCGUCCGUUCCCUCGUACGGUGGGGAGACAGAGGGCAUGCAGACCACCCCCUGCCCUGCAGCAAGAAUGUGCCCUGCCUUUCUGCAGUGAGAAACUGCCCUAGUUUUUAUGGGAAUCUUGGACUCAAAGAUGCCUCAGACAUCUGAAUGCCUCUGAAUGAGACACAUUCAGAACUGUUUUUAAAAUGCCUUUUUGUAUGUCAAAUGUAACAUUUAUUUUUUAAACAAUAAAAUGGUUUUGCCAAAA